AUGUCUUUGCCUCAACGGCCGGGGAAGGCCUCCCCGCGACGAGACGAACAUUCCGCCUUCCGCGAGUCCUCGCGACGCCGAAGACGAGAUCCCGAGACCGGCGCCCAGAAUGAAUCGCUGUCGAGCCCGCCGGCGUCCCAUCGCCACCAUCACCGCCGUCAUCGUUCGCAUAGCUCUCGGAGGAGGAAGGAUUAUGACGAAGAGAGAGUCGAUGCGGCGGAGGACCUCAGACGCAAAAAGAGCUUCGUGAAACCGGAACGCACCCGGGUCGACCAGUCCCACCCCAACUACCACUAUCGUCAGCGAUCCCAGAACAUGCCGACGCAACCUUCGACUACGGGACAUGAGCCUCUGAUGGAAGAUGAUGACCAAGCCGAUACCCCCAGCUCUCGGAGCGUGGAAUACAAGACCAAGGAUGACAUGUACGGAAAUGUCAACAAGCCGAUGGAGCGGGUGCCCAGCCGAAAACGGACGAAAAAGAGGCGACACACGCGGAAGAUCUCCAAGAGAGCGGAGGCAGCGGAGAGAGAGCGACAAAGGGCUAUGGAGCAGGUUCGGCCUCCCAGUCUUUGGACCACUUACUGCGCUAUCAUCACGUUUUGGGCACCUGAUUGCAUCAUGCGAUGCUUCGGGAUGCCGCAGAAGGCGCAGCGCAGUGCAUGGCGUGAGAAGAUCGGUCUGAUCAGUAUCAUUCUACUCAUUGCGGCGUUCGUCGGCUUCCUAACGUUCGGUUUCACGGCCACCGUGUGUGGAACACCGCCCACUCGACUCAAGAUCAAUAAGGUGAGCAGCGGCUACAUGAUUUUCCACGGCACGGCCUACGACUUGUCUAAAUCGACCCAUCCAACCGCCACCGGUAUCCCUCCGGAUACCAAUGUUCUCUACGAUCUCCCUCACAAGUACGGCGGACAAGAUGGAAGUUUCUUCUUCCAGCAGGUCAAUGGGGCCUGCAAAGGACUCAUUACAAGAACCAAAGAUUCGGAUAUCCCAACGAAUUCCAAAGGCGAGCUGGGCUGGUACUUUCCCUGCGCGCCGUUCAACCAGGACGGCUCUUCGAAGCCAAAUUUUACCGAGUCCUAUUACACUGGAUGGGCCUGUCACACAUCCGGGGAGGCUAGGAAGUCAUUUUACAGUCUCAAAGGCUCCGGCGAUGUGUAUUUUACCUGGGAGGACACAAGAAACAAGAGUCGAAACUUGGUGGUGUAUUCUGGCAACGUUCUUGACCUCGAUCUCUUGCAGUGGCUCGACACAUCGCAGGUCAAAUACCCGUCCAAAUUCGAUGAGCUGCGUGAGAAUAAGGAUGUGCGCGGAGUCGACUUGACUUACUACCUACAGAGCGGAGAGGACAAGAAGAUCGGCAAGUGCUUGUCUCAGAUCGUGAAAGUAGGAAGUAUCGACACCGACACGGUCGGAUGUAUCGCGUCCAAGGUUGUUCUCUACGUCUCCUUGAUUUUCAUCCUGUCCAUUGUCAUCGUCAAAUUCGCCUUCGCCCUGCUUUUCCAGUGGUUCCUGGCCCCUCGUUUUGCCGCGCAGAAAACGAGCAUGAGCUCCGACCCCAAGACACGCAACCAGCAGAUUGAAGACUGGUCGAAUGAUAUCUACCGACCUGGUCCUCGUAUCACGGAUCCCGUGGCAGACCGUGCAAGCAAGAGAGCCAGCUUUCUGCCGACCACAUCUCGCUUUUCCAGCCCGUACACCGUGAGCAAUGGUGGAAAGCAGCGUCCUCAAUAUGUCACUAUGGCGAGUCAAAAUUCGACCUCCCGAUUGAUACCCAGCGGCAACUCGAUGUAUAAACUAAGCCACAACAGUAGUGGGGGUACCUUGAGUGCAGAUGCCUCGCGGCAGAACCCUACGGCCAGCCGGACAAGUUUGGUACAGGACUCUCGCUACUCUCAUGCUAUCGCGGAAUCGGAGGGCCUCGGAGCUGCCGGAUACAUUCACGAAGCGGUUGUUCCGCAGCCUCCCCCUGACUGGCAGCCCUACGGAUAUCCUCUGGCCCACGCCAUGUGCUUGGUUACUUGUUACUCCGAAGGCGAAGAUGGAAUUCGCACUACACUGGACUCCAUCGCUACCACCGAUUAUCCGAACAGUCACAAGACUAUCGUUGUUAUCUGUGAUGGCAUGAUCAAGGGUAAAGGCGAGGAAUAUUCAACUCCGGAGAUUGUUUUGCGCAUGAUGCGGGACCCCGUCGUUCCAUUUGAUGAAGUGCAGGCCUUUUCGUACGUUGCGGUAGCCACAGGCUCCAAGCGCCACAACAUGGCCAAGGUGUACGCUGGCUUUUACGACUACGGAAACACGUCGAUCAUCCCGACCGAAAAACAGCAACGUGUGCCGAUGAUGAUUGUCGUCAAGAGUGGCACGCCUGCGGAAGCAACUCAGUCGAAGCCCGGCAACCGAGGAAAACGAGACAGUCAAAUUAUCCUCAUGUCCUUCCUCCAGAAAGUCAUGUUCGACGAGCGAAUGACGGAAUUGGAAUUCGAGAUGUUUAACGGGCUCUGGAAUGUCACCGGGAUCCCACCAGACUUCUACGAGGUUGUGCUCAUGGUGGAUGCUGAUACCAAGGUCUUCCCGGACAGUUUGACUCAUAUGAUCUCCGCGAUGGUCAAGGAUCCUGAGGUUAUGGGCCUGUGCGGAGAGACCAAGAUUGCCAACAAGACGGAUAGCUGGGUGACGAUGAUUCAAGUGUUUGAAUAUUUCAUUUCUCACCAUCAAUCCAAAUCGUUCGAGUCGGUCUUUGGUGGUGUCACUUGUUUGCCCGGUUGCUUCUCCAUGUACCGUAUCAAAGCACCCAAAGGAGGCCAAAACUAUUGGGUUCCCAUUCUUGCCAACCCGGACGUGGUGGAGCAUUACUCCGAAAACGUGGUGGAUACGCUUCACAAGAAGAACUUGCUGCUGCUGGGUGAAGAUCGAUAUCUGUCAACCUUGAUGCUUCGGACGUUUCCCAAGCGGAAGCAGAUCUUUGUGCCCCAGGCUGUCUGUAAGACGCAGGUCCCGGACAAGUUCAUGGUGCUUCUGUCCCAGCGGCGUCGUUGGAUCAAUAGUACCGUUCACAACCUGAUGGAACUUGUCCUGGUCCGCGACCUCUGCGGAACGUUCUGCUUCAGCAUGCAGUUUGUCAUCUUCAUCGAACUGGUCGGAACUCUUGUGCUUCCUGCCGCCAUCGCCUUCACCUUUUACGUGGUGAUUUCUUCCAUCGUGAAGAAACCGGUGCAGGUCAUCCCCCUGGUUCUGCUGGCUCUAAUUCUGGGACUUCCGGGCGUGCUCAUCGUUGUGACCGCCCACCGACUGGUGUACGUGCUGUGGAUGCUGAUCUACCUUAUCUCGCUGCCCAUCUGGAACUUUGUCCUUCCCACCUACUCGUUCUGGAAGUUUGACGACUUCAGUUGGGGAGACACGCGGAAGACGGCGGGCGAGAAGGACAAGGGCCACGAGGCGGGAGAGGGCGAGUUCGACAGCAGCAAGAUUACGAUGAAGCGAUGGAGGGAUUUCGAAAAAGACCGUCGAAUGAGGAUGGCAGGAUGGGGGCAACCCUCUGGCGGUGGAUAUCCGUCACAUUACGAACCAUACUCGGAUUACUAG